AUGGCUCAACCACACCCCGCGUCUACCACCACCCCGCUCUACUUGACAGGCAACAAAACUGGUCUGCAGGAGUUCCUGGAUAAAUUCGAUGUCUUCCUAUUCGACUGCGAUGGUGUCCUAUGGUCUGGAGACCACUGCUUCCCUGGGACAGUCGAGACCCUAGAAUUGCUACGAAAGAAUGGCAAGCAGGUCGUUUUCGUCACGAAUAACAGCACCAAGUCGCGCGCCGAUUACCGAAAAAAGCUAGAGGCUCUGGGAAUCCCAAGCACUGUGGAAGAGAUAUUCUCGUCUUCAUACAGUUCCUCGAUAUACAUUUCCCGCAUCCUGCAACUCCCCGAAAACAAGCGUAAAGUCUAUGUGAUCGGUGAAUCCGGCAUUGAACAAGAACUGCGCUCCGAGAACAUCCCCUUUAUCGGCGGCACAGACCCAGCAUACCGUCGUGAUAUCGAGCCCGAAGACUACAAGCGCGUCGCGGCAGGCGAUCCCUCCCUUUUGGACCCCGAAGUCGGCGUCGUUCUCGUCGGAUUGGACUUUCAUCUGAACUAUCUCAAGCUCGCCCUGGCAUACCAAUACGUGAAGCGCGGUGCUAUCUUCCUCGCGACGAACAUUGAUUCCACGCUGCCUAAUUCCGGAACUCUCUUCCCUGGCGCUGGAUCUAUGAGUGCACCUCUCAUCAUGAUGCUUGGAAAGGAUCCCGUGGCACUUGGAAAACCCAGCCAAGCGAUGAUGGAUGCGAUUGAGGGUAAAUUCAAGUUUGAUCGCAGCCGCGCCUGUAUGGUGGGUGAUCGGGCCAACACCGAUAUCCGCUUUGGCUUGGAGGGUAAACUCGGUGGGACGCUGGGCGUUCUCACGGGCGUGAGUUCCAAGGAGGACUUUGUUGCCGGUCCUGUUCGUCCUCUGGCAUUCCUGGAUAAACUCUCGGAUUUGCUCGCCGUGGAGCAGCAGUAA